UGGUGCUGUCCAUAUCUCCCACCUCCAUCGUCUCUCCUCCCACCACUCAUCUGUGUAUGGUUGUACAGGGCCUGAAGCAUCGUCUAUGUAUGGCUUCAGACCCACCUUCACUAUUGUUUGUGUGUUGAGUGAUGUUUGGCGGGUGCAGGCAUUCAAGGAUGCCGUAGCCACAGCAAAGGCACAGCAAGAGGCAGCAGAAGCAGAACGUCAGCGGCUUGCCCAAGAGGAGGCAGCCCAAGCUCAGCGGACUGCUGAGGCUGACGCAACGGCUCGAGACAAGCGGAAUGCCGCCGGCACUGAGUCCUUGAUUCAGAAUGAGAGUCGGUGGACAGCACUACUCCAAGGCAUGAUCUUUGUGCCUACGGAAGAACAGGCGGAUCUGACACCGGCGGAGGCAGAAAGGAGUAACCUGGCUAACUUGAUGCUGUGUAUGAUGAGGGCGGUAAUGUGGAACAAUACGAUGCAGAUCGCGCACGCGCAAACGGGACGGCAGCUGAGACAGACUCAGCAGAGAGAAUCUGCAACUUUGACAGCCGCCAUCUGCGCAGCAGCACAACAUCAGCAACGACAGCAACAGCUGUUGGCAUCCACUAUCACACGCGUCAACAGCAUCGAGGCUAAGCCCUCAGCAGCGCCAGGCUGCACGACAGACAUAGCGAAGCAGCUCGGCGAGCGCAUCGACCAUGUCGUCACCAUCAUCGGCGACCUGGGUGACUUUACCAGUCCGGCAUCGAUCAGCAGCACGGUGGCCACCAUCAAGACGGACAUCACUAAACUGCAGUCACGACCGGAAGCCGCCGCGAAGGCAUACAAGAUGCCACGCUUCAACAUCGGGAAGUUUGAUGAUUACAACAAAACAGACGCUUUGGCAUAGUGGCACGUCAUCACCGAAGCAGCCUGCCACCACGUGCCAGAUUACCUGA